AUGACGUCAUACCUUCCCUUCGGAAGGCUCCCUUCCGAAGCUUGGAAGGAUCCCUCGCGACACGCGAUGACGUCACACCUUCCCUUCGGAAGGCAUGAUGACGUCAUACCUUACCUUCGGAAGGCUCCCUUCCGAAGCUUGGAAGGAGUCCUCAUGGUGACGUCACACCUUCCCUUCGGAAGGCUCCCUUCCGAAGCUUGGAAGGAGUCCUCGCGACACGUGAUGACGUCACACCUUCCCUUCGGAAGGCAUGAUGACGUCAUACCUUCCCUUCGGAAGGCUCCCUUCCGAAGCUUGGAACGACACGUGGUGACGUCACACCUUCCCUUCGGAAGGCAUGAUGACGUCAUACCUUCCCUUCGGAAGGCUCCCUUCCGAAGCUUGGAAGGAGUCCUCAUGGUGACGUCACACCUUCCCUUCGGAAGGCAUGAUGACGUCACACCUUCCCUUCGGAAGGCUCCCUUCCGAAGCUUGGAAGGAGUCCUCAUGGUGACGUCACACCUUCCCUUCGGAAGGCAUGAUGACGUCACACCUUCCCUUCGGAAGGCUCCCUUCCGAAGCUUGGAAGGAGUCCUCACGACACGUGGUGACGUCACACCUUCCCUUCGGAAGGCAUGA